AUGAUCCUCAUCGAGCUAACCAGCGAUGAUGACUCUGACUUUGGCAUGGGUUCCCCCAAGGCGGCAGAUCUGCCGGUGCCGACGAUGGGAAGGGAUCCAACCUUGCUGCUAGUGCCACUGAUGAAGCGGCCCUGCGGUCACCCACUGAAGUCCAAGGAGCUUUUAACAGCCUCACUGCCGGCCAGGUGCCCUAGUGGUUGCCCGCUGAAGGCUGAGUCUCCCUCCUCGGCCUUGCCGCCGGCCAAGCACCCCUAUGGUCGCCCGCCGGAGGCAGACUCACCCUCCUCAGCCUCGCCACGGGCCAAGCGUCCCCGUGGUCAGCCGCCGAAGGUAGACUCGCCCUUCUCAGCCUCGCCGCCGGCCAAGCAGCCCCGUGGUCAGCCACCGAUGGCAAAGUUGCCUUCCUCGGAUGCACCGCUGGCCAAGCGUCCACGCGGAUGCCCGCCGACGACAAAAUCGGCCUGCACGGCCUCGCCGCCACCUUAG